AUGCUGCUGCUGUGGCUGCUGCUGUGGCUGCUGCUGUGGCUGCUGCUGUGGCUGUUGUUGUGGCUGCUGCUGUGGCUGCUUCCAAGUGGUAAUAAAAAAUGCAUUGUAAGCAUCGGGGGAGAGAUAUGCCACAACAUAACAUCCGGCGGUAGCUCAGUGGGUAGAGUCGACAAAAACUACGACGACGACGACACAACCACCGACGACAAUGAUUCAACUGCAGUCAAAACCUUUGAGAUGUGUAAGGUGUCUUGGAGUGAGCAGAUUAAAAACCUCAAUUCGACUACAACUGCUUUGCGGGAUAUUUACGGAAUGUUUAGAAGUUUGUCUGGGUUCGCAAGACUGAGACCGCUUGGAAAGGAAAAGAGAAACAGACGAUUUUUGAACGGCGCCACCAAAAAUGAGACAUUAAACUGUGCAAUCAACCAUCUGAAACUCAUCCUACAAGUCAUCGAGUUCGUAGAAGGAUCAAUCGAUACGGAGCUCUACAUCCGGUUCGAGAUUGUUCUACGCAAACUGUGCAAGUUCGUUCGCUAUUCAAACAAAUGUUUACCCGGUUUUGACGAUUGUCGGAUGGCCUGUAGAAUCGGUUCGAUGCCGGUUAAAAAACCGACACCGAAAUCGUUCCGACAAGCCGGUGGUUUUAAUGGUUACAGAAAUAUUCAGCGCAACAAACACGUCAAGAAAAUUAAUAAUAACAAAAAUACAAACAACAAUGAUGAUACUACUACUGCUACUACAACAACAACUACUACUACUACUAAUAAUAACUAUAUUAAUAAUAAUAAUAAAUUCAAUCCCAGCAACAUAAAUGACAUUAUCAACAAGAGCAACAACAUCAUCAACUACAUCGUUGCUAACAUCACCAAAAAAUUUUUCAACAUCAACAACAACAGCAGCAGCAACAUCAACAACAACAACAUCAACAACAACAACAUCAUCAACAACAACAACAAAGAUGUAAAAGUAGUAAGAAGACGAAGCAUCGAAAGAAGAAAGGAAAGAGACCACAAAUCAUAUAUAAAGGAUUUUUCACUGGACAAGAAAUGGCUGAAUAGAGACGGCUAUACAAAGUAUUGGCGAUUUGAAUUGCUUUCAAAAACUGAAAUUGUUUUUCGGCUUAUUAAUUCUUUAAUUAAUUAG